UGACAGUACUUUUUGAGACAACAAGAUGGCCGAGUUCAAUUAAAACAUACCUAAUCAACUUUAUUUGUGAGAAGAAUGGAUCAGAAUUGCGCGAAAUCUCUCAAAUUUGUGAAAGUUUAUAAUUUCAACGAUUCAGAAUUAUUGUUGCGGAACCAAUUGAUGUUUAAGUGCGCUGGAAAUUACAGAAUUGUUGUUUUCAAGGACUCGCACCGAUUACGCCAGCUUUGUGUGAGAAAAAUUGGCUCUUGGAAGCAGACUACCAAUAACAGGAAAUUCAGCAAGCAGACAUUCGCUGGGUUCGCUGGUGAAGGUCGAUUUCGCAUGAGCAAUCAUUGUUAUGAUGACGACGAUGAUUUCAUUCUAACGAAAUGUCUUUUCAAGAACGGGAAGAAUUAAUCUGGAUGCGAAAGCAAAUGAGAAUCCUCUACAAUAACAUGUGAAUAUUGAGUUUGUAUAAAAUACUGACAACGUUAAGUGUAAAUAUUUAUCGAAACAUAAAGGAACAUAAACAUAAAGGAAGCUCAAACGCAAACAUGAUUUCCAAUUGGAACACCAGUAGGAUGACGGCGGGCAUGGGGAUAAAUAUGGAGUUUUCACCGAGCGAUCCGCUAUUUUCUGAGAACAAUGGAGCUUCCUCAGGUCGCGGUUUCACAACAGCAAGCAUCCGCGGGUUUAUAGGAAUUGUGAAACAAAAGUGCUGGUCAGCAAUGCACAGUUGGCUUAUACCUCCUGAAUCACAAACGAACACGGCGGAUAGUACCAAAAAAUCUUUGGUUGUUCCCGAUGUAUCGGUCGAUUGCAGCUUCAACACACCAAUCUUUGAAGCCGUUCAAGGAAAAGCAAAACUUACUAUACCAAAUGACGAUGAAACCAAGGCCGUACCAUUUGGAGGCUGCAUUCUCUAUGAAAGUCCUACUAUUCAAACCCCAGAUAAUCGGUAUAAUAUGGCAAAAAUCGGAAGGAAAUUAAAUUAUGUGGCUGAUGAGAGUCCUACUGGUACAAACAAAAAUAGCAGUAAUCAACUGAAAAAAUCAUUGAACUGGACGACUCUUCACCUUUCCAACAAGUCUAAACCCUGCGGUAAAAAUCGUAAGGAAAAAAAUCGUCACGAUCUGCAGAUAAAUAUUAUGGAAGAUAUGUGGCAAAUCGCAGACGAGCACUAUCCAGAUUCGGAGAACGAAAACUGCAACUAUAGUCCAAGUCCUCGUUGUUCAAUUUCAUUAUUAUCAUCAAAUUUAAAAAGUUCUACCAUAGAUCUGUCAGAAACGUCAUUUCCAAAUAUUAGUUCAUCAAUUCCGGUGGGUGCCAAGUACCCGGAUUUACCGGGCCGUUAUUCCGACGAGUACGACAGUGAAGAGAGCUUUGUGAUGCUCUUCGAUAUGGCUACUCCAUUGGCCAGGAUCGAUGUCGUUUCUGCAAGUUCUGUACCCCCAUCAGUGUUAGCCAACCGGCAGCGAUGUCGACAGUUAUCGGAAUGCAGCGAUGAUAGUAUCGUGUUCUGCUACGAAAGUGAAGGUAACGAUUUUAUCUCUCAAGCGGAAAUCGAUUUUGACGGUGAAGAUGAUUCUGAAGAAGACGAAGAUACAGAUGAUGACAGCUAUGAUGAGGAUAGCGAAGGCACCCUAUCACAUCAACCAGAUUCCGGUUUUGAGGAGAAGAAGGUCAGUAGUAGUAGAAGUAGUUGCAUUAACGUUGAGUAAGAUGCAUAAAUUCGUUGUUGGUACAGCCUCAGACUGCUGUUACGAGGGAUAUCUUUUUUUUCGUUAUGGGAAUAAUUUGUCAAAUCCCCCCUCGUCGCAGUUUGUACUGGGUGGACCUGUCAAACUGUUGCCCAGCUGUCAAAAGGCGAUUUCAAAAAAUCUCUUUGAAAUUGUUUUUAGGUACGAAAAUAAGGUUUUAAAAAUCUGAAAAAAAUCAUAGUGGCUCAGAAAAAGGUGCUCUUUCGUAUAAAAUCAAAAAAUCAAUACAUUUUUCAUAAUUUUAAAACCCAAAUCCAUGCAUCUGAUUUGCCAUCAAAUCAAUAUGUGGUCUUAAUUCUUAGUUUUCAGUUGACGUACUGCUGUUCUAAA